CGCAAUGGACGGUUUAGUACCCGCUCCGGAGGCGGUGUGAGUUGGGAGGACUGAGGUAAUCCUCCAAGUUCCCAUGAUCCUCAGAACCGGUCUCCCCGAUUUCACGUGUGGUGUGUGCUGAGUGACUGCCUGUUGGGACCGACUAUAGCAUAAAGAAUGGCAAAAAGUUUAAGGAGUAAACGGAAGCGGAAGAUGCGAGCAGAAAAACGGAAGAAGAAUGCACCAAAGGAGCUUGCACGUCUGAAAAGUGUACUGGCAAUGAAUCAGAGUGGCGACAUUAAUAUGAAUGAUAUUAAGGAAAUUGCAACUGUCGUCUCUUCUGAAAAACUUCAACAGAAGCCAGCUGCCGAAAACGAUGACGCUUCUAGCAUGGACGUAGAUAAGAAAAGGAACAAAAAGACAUUCUUGGAUGAACAUGGACAGUAUCCAUUAUGGAUGCAUCCAAGACAAAGAAAGAAGAUUAAGCAUCAGUUGAAAAAGAAAGGAAAAUCAAAACGUCCAAAGGGAUUAGUGUGGUAAAUAUGUGAAAACAAAGUACACAAGAACUUGUUUUUAUGUUUUAAGAAGACUGGAAACAGCAAAAGAUGCGGCAUUGAAUGAUAUGCUGACUGAAGUAAUGUCAUAAUACAUUCUUCUAGAAAUGUAUGCUUCAUGUAAUCCUAAUGUAUUCUGCAUCUUUGUUAAAGUUUGUAGCUAACUUGAACAUUAAAAUAAUAUUAAUCAGAAAAUGUUUCAGAUUAAUUGACACAGCAAGUUUAUAUACAUGAGCUAUUAUUUGAUUUUAAUGUAAAUGCAAUAUUAAAUGUAAAAAUGGGGGGAAAGUAAUAAUCACAAAGGAAAAGGAGAGAUAAAACAUUUUUCUGUUCCUAUCAGAAAAAUGUAAUGAUCCAAAGUAGCUAACUUUUUUGAAUGGCAGGGGGUGGUUUAUUUCAAAUACAAACUUUCAGAUAGUACUUUGGGUAUUGCAUGGCAGGGCUGUGCUUUAAUAUAAUUAAAAUGCUUUGUCUGCUGUACCAGUUAUACAGAAUAUUAAUUUGCCUCUAGUUUUUGUGUUUUUAUGAGUGACUCACUGUCAGCAAAUUAAUUCUGAGAUAAGUAAAAAUCCGAAGAUCAUGCAAAGGGCAAUAGCUUAACUAGUGUGAUUGCAAGGUGAUUUGGUCUGUGUUGAAGGCUGCUCAGUGUUACAGAGAAUUUGGAGAUGCUUGCCAAAUGCAUCUUUCAAUCAGGACAUAUUGCCUGCCUUCUGGGAUAAUUGGAUCAUGAUAUAUGACCAUUGUUACAAAAUAAUUACAAAGUUGGUGCUUUGGAAAAUCGACUAGCUUACUUGGCCAUGACUGCUCAAGGAUAUGUUCAAAAUGAGGAUACGCUAUAUUGAUAUUGCAGUUAUUUACUUUAUUGAUAAUGCAUACAGAAUAGAAACAUUCUAAAACAUGUUUAAAGUAAGUACUGCAUGUUGCAAAAUAUUAAAAUAGUUAAAAUAAGGUGAUCAGAACAUGAGAAAUUAUUAUAUUUAAACAAAAAUAUGAACAGCUCAAAUGAUUAAGGCAGCACAGGAAAGAGGCUGUCAAAAAAGAACAUGAAAUUUGGCAGUCAUUAUUAGAAGAAACCAUAAUGUGUAAUUUGCAACUUCAGGCUCCUUCACUCUAAGAUUGUAUCAUAGUACCACCAAAGACCACCAUAAUUUUCUUGACUGCCAGGAUCAAUGAAUAUGUAUAAAUUAUUCUGCUUUUCCUGUCUGUCCUGCCAUUAAUUAAAAACAUCCACAACUUUUCAAUCUAAAAAAAUUAUUAAAAAGAGACAAAUUGAAAAUUCUAGCUAAGGUAUUUGCAUUUUUGCAUCUUUAUGAAUGAAUGAAAUUUUAUUUCAGUCAGUACAAACAUAACAAAAAGCAUCAUUUUCAAUGAUGAUUUCAUAAGACAAAAUUAAGUAAUAAAAAUCUUUAAAACAGACCGAAAGGGUGUAAGCUUAUUAUGCCUACCCCUCUUACUUAUACAAAAACAUAUUGGGUGUCAAUCAUCACAUCAAAACAAAAAAUUCCAUAAUCCUUUAACACAAAAUCCAAUUCCAAGUGUAAUUUAUUUACAUUACUCUCAUUCAUUUUAAAUCAUGUAUUUUAUAUUUGUUCAUUAAAUUAUUAUUAAAUAAUGUUUUAAACUUG